UAAAAGAAUUGAACUUGGAAACUGUGGGUGCACAAUUUGAUCAUUACCAAUUUAGCUAACAUUUCGAUUGGUUUUAGGAUUAAAAUUGUAAAGUUUAUUAUUUUUGUGGGUGCAAUAUUUACAAGGUGGCUUCGCCCUGACUGAAUAACAUUUAUAAUUUAGCUAAAAAAAGUUUAGAUUUAUGCAUCUUGCAUAUGCAUCUUAUAUUUUUGGUAUUCUUGGAGCAGAUACACAAGUUAUUUGAACUAUUUGGACGUGGAAAGCAACCAGAGGAGAUAGUUUGCAAAAUUUGGAUUCAAGGAGGCACGUACGUAGUAGCCAGCGCUGUUGACAACUUGGAACACAUUCACACAGAGCGGCCUAGUCUAGCAGUCUUAACCAAGGCUGAUAUCCCCCUCCUUCAGAUGAUCACAUUCGACCAUGAGGCAUAGCGGUUUUCACCAACAGUUUUACCUUAACCGCAAGAGGAAGGACAAUGUAGCAGCUGGAGCUAGCGGCCUGUCCUGAAGACGUCUCGAAAACUCAUAGCGGUCCAGAUAGCGGCCAAAUGCAAAGGCCGCUACAACACCUGCACACAUGGUCUCCUCCUAGCGAUUGAUCUAUGGCCGCUACUACUUUUAUUAAAUCUAGUAGAUUUUGAGUUUCUAGCCAUUUGAUAUAAAUAGAAGUUGUCUUUAAUGACUAAUAACAUAUUUUUAUCUACUGUAUUAACCUAAAACCUCUUGGAUCUUUUUGUGUUUAUACAAUUUCUACUUUCUCUCUUGUGUUUACUUGUGAUUAUCUCCUUUAUAAGCUUGGUUAUGGUUCAAGUUAUCAUGAGUUUAUGAUUUUUGAGUACACCUCUUGAAUCUUUGGGCUAUAUAGAUUUAGGAUGAUCAGUGAAGAGUUAAGGUUUUUAGUGUUAGAUUUGUUUGUUUCUAUACAUGCUAAGUGUUCUUAAUGCUAGUUUAGACUCGGUCACUCUCAUCUAGAUUCUAAGAUAUUUUAUGCAAUGAAAAUGUUUCUCAAAAUAGGUCGAUGAAUUUAGUUUUUGCUCUAGCACAUUUAACCAAAGGAAUUUGAUAUUAUGAUUGCUAGAAAUAAUAGGAUUUAUAGAUGGUUAGUAGACUUAAUUCAACUGCAUGUUUGAUUGUAUAGCUAGACCAAAGAAAUUUGAUGUUUAAUGCUUGACAAUAUAUGGGUUUCUAUCAUGGAAAUGAAUUAAUCUAUCUUAGUGUUUUAGAUUUAUGAAAGCCUGUUGAUUGUUUGCUUGGUUGUUUGCUUGGUACCUUGACUUGGAACUAAUCUUUAAAAAUUAUCGAAUUCCCAUUGGUUCAUCUUAUAAGUAAUUGAUUGAAAGCCAUUUACUUUACUAAUCUUUACUCGUUCUUGUUUGACUAGACAGUCUAGUUACUUGGUUACUUAUAAACACUUUGAUUGUGUUUAGAUUAAAACAUGUCUUGAUUAGAAUCAUCUUAGAUUUAUUUGACACCUCUUUUAUGCUACAACAACUAUUGAGCUUGGAAUUAGGCUACAAAAAAAUGUUCAUUGCAUAUCAUGUAUCCUUCAAGCCGGGAUGUAAACGAUGUAAAAACCAAGACUUAGAAACCGAGUCAGAAAUCAAGCUAACGCUUAAAUUCAACUUAGUUGGUUUGGUUCUCUAUAUAUCUAAAAGGUGAAAAAACCAAUCAUACUACCAAAAUUCUUAGAAAAUUGGACAUAUAUUUAAGAUUGUCACUUUGAAAAUAAAGCGAUGGUUUUUGUUACAUAACUAUCUUCUUAAAGUUUAUAUAAACACAAUCUGUUUUUUCAGCUUGUAGACAAUCGUUUUACAUAAAAAAGGUUGCCUUAGUUUUUGUUUAUUUAAAAAUUAGAUUUAUUUGUGAACUAAAUUGUAUGUUUUCACGACGAAACCAAGAGACUAAGAUGAGACUUACAACUAGAUAAAAAUAAAUAAAAUAAUACUUACACAUAUAACGUGAGUUAUGCAAGUAAAAUAAAUGAAUUGACAUAAAUCAAUGUCUUACGAUCGGUCCUAAGCGUAACCACUAAAUAAAGAUCAUAUAUGACCCAUUGACGGCCUUCUUUUUUAUUGGGUGAUAUCAUAUACAUAUCCAAACUUAUACAUUUACAUCAACAAACAUGUGUAUAUCUGUGAACUAAACGACACAUGAAUCAUCAUGAUGAAUUCAUCAAAUACUCUUCAAUCUUCAAGAUAUACAUACGGGCAUGGAUGACGAAACUAUGUUAUUGUAUAUUGUUAGGUCGUGAAAGGUGUUAUACAUAGUCACAUGUGUUACUAUAUCCUAACAAUUACAAAGUUUAUUAUAUGAUGAUUUUUAAAACUUUAAGCUAAUGACCCUACAUGAUUAAUUAAGAAUUUGGAUUAAGGUUUGCUAAUCACGCGGUGAAUUUAGUCUCUAUAAAAGCAGUUGCUCACCUUCCACAACCUUCAAUAUCAACUCACCACAACCUUCUCUCUUACUCGUCACUCUUUCUUUUAUAUUCCUCUCCAUCUAGCUAUAAGUUAUAAAUUAAUAAAUAAGAAUAAAAUGGACAAAAGAGGAGGAAUAUGUAGUGGAGGUUCGGGAUCAUCAGGAGAAACAGAGGUGAGAAAGGGACCGUGGACGAUGGAAGAAGAUCUUAUUCUUAUCAACUAUAUCGCCAACCACGGCGAUGGCGUUUGGAACACUCUCGCCAAAUCUGCAGGUCUAAAACGCACCGGGAAAAGUUGCCGGCUCCGGUGGCUGAACUAUCUCCGCCCUGACGUACGACGUGGAAACAUCACGCCGGAGGAGCAACUUAUCAUCAUGGAACUUCAUGCUAAGUGGGGAAACAGGUGGUCAAAAAUCGCUAAACACCUUCCAGGAAGAACCGACAACGAGAUCAAAAAUUUCUGGAGGACAAGAAUACAAAAAUACAUCAAACAAACCGAUGUAGCAGCAACUGCAACGUCGUCCGUUGGAUCUCAGAGUUCAGAAAUCAAUGAUCACGCUGCAAGCACGUCGGCCCAUAAUGUCUUUUGUGCACAAGACCAGGCGAUGGAUACUUAUUCUCCUACAACAACGUCGUAUCAACAUACCAAUAUGGAAUUCAACUAUGGUAACUACUCUGCGCCUGUGGCUCCGGUGACUACGGCUGCGACGACAGCAGAUUAUCCGGUACCGAUGACCGUUGAUGAUCAAACUGGUGAAAACUAUUGGGGCAUGGAUGAUAUCUGGUCAUCAAUGCAUUUACUCAAUGGUAAUUGAUUAACAACGAUCGCUCGGAAAACAAGAUAUGGAAUAUUACUUUGAGAUUUGUGAUUUUUAGUACUGUGAUUAGUACGUGACAUGUAUAUGGUUUUUGCCUCGACGUUUCGAGGUUUGGGGAUAUACUUUUUAUAUAAUAUCAAUAAUCAUAAUCCUUGAUAUAUAUUUUGAACUUUAUUGCAACCCGUUGGAUGUUAUACAUAAAUAAAACUGGAAGGGGUCAUUUAUUUCCUGGCCUUAUAUUUGUACUA